AUGCAGCACCCGCCUCCGCCCUCGAGCGACCCUCCCUCGCCGCUCUCGUCCCGCCUCGAACUGCCUCCGCACGCCCUCGCAUCCCAAAGCGCUCCCUACGAAGGCGACGUCCCCAACGUCCUCGCAGAACACCUCUUGCAUCCGCCGACUCGGCGACCAGGGCUAGGGAGCAGGGGAUCGAGCUGGGCCAGCAUCUUGAGGGGCGACGACGGGCGAGGUGGGGCGCGAGAUGACGAAGCACGAGAGGGAGAGAUCGCAGGGACGGAGGGGCGUCGGAGGGCGUCCACGGGUAUCAGUGGGGAUGGAGACGCUCCGAUCGAGGGCGCCGGAGCUGCGCCGGGCGACGAGGCGACGAGCCGAGCGGGUUCAGCGCAGGGCGAGGAGGAGGAGGAGGGAGGGAACGGCCAAAGGCGGGGCGAGCGCGACGCACACGAGCGGAGCAAGAGUCGCAGGCGCAAACUGCGCUGGUACCAGCGUCCCUCGCCAAUCUGGUUGUUCCCCGGCACCUUCAUCAUCGCCCUCACGCUGGGCAUGACGAUCGCCGCGAAACUCGAAAUCUACACCCAACUGAUCUGCCGCGCCAUGCCCGUCGAGAAGAGCGGCGUUACCCUCCCUCCGCCCGUCAUCGAGAUCACCGACUACUCCUCGCCGCAUGUACUGCGGCGAGCGGAACCGACGACGACCGGGAGGAUCUUAUUCGAGUGGAGCGGGGCGGCUGUGAAGGAGGAUCUGGCGACACCCGCGGCGGGAAACUCGUCGACUUCGAUGCCCGUCCUUGCGCCCGCUCCUGGCGCACCGGUUCGGACAGGCGAUACCUGGUCGAAGCAAUGCCACAAGAGCAGCGCGGUGCAGAGUUCGGUCGCCCAACUCGCUCUACUCCUCUCGCUCUUGAUGGGGGUCCUGUCGAGUCUGACGACGGGCUUCUGGGGAGCGUACAGCGAUCGAAGGGGUCGCAAACCGGUCCUCCUGCUCGCACUCUGCGGCACCCUCGCAAUGGACGCCGUCUUCCUCCUGACGGUCCACUACCACCACAUCCUCUCGUACAAUUUCUUGCUCCUCGGACCGUUCUUGGAUGGACUUGUCGGUGGAUGGUCCACCGCCCAAGCCACGACAUCCGCCUACCUCUCCGACGUGACUUCCGCCGGCUCACGCGCGCGCGUCUUCUCCGCCAUCGGCGGCCUCAUGUUCGGCGGCUUCGCCUUCGGCCCCAUCCUCGGCUCCUUGCUCAUCACCCACACGGACGGAAACGUCCUCGCGCCGUUCUAUGCGGCGCUGGCAGUGCAUGUGGUGUAUUUGGCGGUUAUGGCGGUUGUUUUGCCGGAGAGUUUGGGGGAGGAGAGGAGGAAGGCUGCGAGGGAACGGUGGAUUGAGGAGCGGAAGGUAGAGGCCGAGGCGGAGCGAGCAGAGGACGAGCACGAUCGCCAGACGCUCUCGCUCACGCGCAGGACGACGAAGAAGGCUCGCCGCGUCCUGGCGAAACAACUCCGCUUCCUCCGCCCCCUCUCCCUCCUCCUUCCUAAACCCCGCUCAGACGCCUCAGUCGCCGAAGAAGACCGGACUAAUAUCGAGUGGGGCGCAGGGAUGGAGGUGUAUGAGCAUCCGGAGGAGGUUUGGAGGAGACGAGAGGGGAAGAGGGGAAGGGAUUGGGGGUUGACGAAGAUUGCGAUGGCGUAUGCGAGUUAUAUGAUGAUCAUCGCCGUCAUGUCGGUCAAGCUGCUCUACGCCAACUACACGUUCGGCUGGUCGGCAACCGAAGACGGGUUCUUCCUGUCGUUCAUCGGCUUCCUUCGCGUCGUCACCCUCAUCGGCAUCCUCCCGCUCGUCAUCAAGCUCGUCCGCCGCCGUCCCGCGCCCAUCCCUCCUCGACCUCGCCCUUCGACGCUUCACUCGGCCGCCGAGCAGUGGGACAAGGAGAAGCGUUGGCUGCGCGUCGUGCACGACUCGCACUUCGACCUCGGGCUCGCUAAAGCCUCGCUCGUACUCGACCUAGCCGGCUUCCUCCUCUUCCUCUCAUCGCCCUACCUCCUCGCGACCCUCUCGACCUCGAUGCGCGGAUCCUCUCAGCACGUCGCCCUCUUCCUCACCGCCACAUUCCUCCAAUCGCUCGGCUCCGGCGCUUCACCGGCAAUCCAAUCGCUCGCGCUCGCACACGCCUCGCCCCGCGACGCAGGAAGGCUCUUCGCAUCACUCAGUGUGGUCCAGUCGCUCUCCUCGCAAGUCUUCGGCCCAAUCGUCUUCGGCAGCGUGUUCAUCUCCACCGUCGGCAAAUGGAGCGAGGCGAUUUUCGCGCUCGCGAGUGCGUUGGCGGCUGUCGCGAUUGGGUGCUUGAUGCGCGUCAGGUUGAGGAGGGUGUUCGUGCCGGCUAGCAGCGGCGAGGCGGGCGUUGUCGAUGGGGAAGAGGGACCGAAGUUGGAUGAUGGGGAAGAGCGCGGGAGGAGCGAGGCGGUCAGAGCGGAAUCCGGGCGGAGGAGGAGCAGCGCCGGGCUGAAGGCGGAUCCGUCGGCGGCGUCGUGA